AUGCCGCCUCGAAAGCGGCCGAGUGUUGCAGCCCCCAUCACUCCAGGCCGAAGCAGCAAGUCACGACCCACUGCGGCGCACGCUUUAGAGGCCGACGACGAGUCGAUGGCGUCAUCGCCGAGAUCUGGCCGACAGUCAGGACAUCCAGCAGCGGGGCGAUACACAGUUGCGGCGCACGAAGCAGAUGCUGAGCUCCAAGAUGAUGGCAGCUCCAUAGGAGAGGGCGCUCGAGCUGCGAUUCUCUUCCAUGAGCCUUUCUUUGAUGCAGCCAUGGUGCAACUGGAAGCUGGCGGAUCUGAAAUGGCGGAACGGAAUGACACAGAUCUGGAGAUGCUGUACUUCGUCACAGAAGCCGAGGACGGCCAGGUCGAGUUUCGACUUCCUGAAACGGGCUUCAACCAGAAGUUAUCUCGAGGUGGAGAGGUCCUCGUCCCAGCGGGCGCAGCCUUCACCUUGAGGAACAUGAGCCCAGCCAUUCCCGCAAAGCUGCUAGCAGUCGUUCCACGGCCAGAUGGCGGUGUGGCUGGCGCUGGCCAAAAGACCGCGACCGAGAUAUGUAGCCUGCUCGGACGGAGGUUUGCCAGAGAAGAGAAGGAGGCUUCCGAAAUAUGCUGUGAGAGUUCUGAUGGGCUUUGUCCUCGGCGAGAUCAUGGGGCCUGCGACGUUUGCAGGCGGCUGGGCCUUCUUGAUGGCAUAUACCGGCGUCACUCGGUUCGAUUACGCGCCAUCGGUCCUGCUCUACCCAGUGGUGCACCAACAGGCUUUCUGACUGACUUUGUCCGCCUGAUCCGAUGGCCCCUUGAGCGCAGUGUUGGUUGCUGCGUCACGGUCUCAUGUGUGCUGUGUAUCAUCGCAGCAGAUUCCUGUGCCUAUUUUGGAGGCAAGCACUUUGGCAAGCGGCCGCUCAUCGUGGUCAGUCCAAACAAAACGCAAGAGGGAGCCUACUGCGGUUUGUUGGGCUCUGUUCUCAUGGCACUCCUUUGCGACAAGGCGUGGGGUUUCCCGUCCGAUCCACUCAUCUCCGGGCUGGUCGGAGCACUCAUCUUCUGCGCGAGUCUUCUGGGAGACUUGGUCGUUUCUGCUAUGAAACGAGAUGCUCAAGUAAAGGACACAGGAUCACUCAUUCCAGGGCAUGGCGGCAUUUUGGACCGCUUUGAUUCGUACUUCUUUGCUGCCCCUGUCGCAUACUUCUGCUGGUACGCUUACUUGAAGUAUCACAGCAACUUGCCACCUUCUCUGAUUCGCUUCAAGUCCUAG